ACUACCAACUCGUUAAACAUACUGGAACGGCAGAUGGUAAGAAUGCUAGUCGGGGGCAAGAGCCCUUUCACUAAAUAAUUAUUAUGCUCAGUUGAUACCUCAGCAGACAAGACGCUAGGCGCUCUGUGAGCAAACAUCUCUGAACAGAACAGCUGAUAUUCCGCGUUGAGUUCCAUAGACUGUGGUCGAAAGCGUCGAUUGAGUUCUAUUUACAUCUGUGAUCAGUCUGCAAGAUGGCGGCCCGUGUUGUCGCAGCUGCGACGGUGAAAGCAGUAAAAGGUGUCAGGAAAGCAAUACCAACUAGAGCAGCACUCGUACUAACGCCAGCAGCUGUCAACAAAGUGAAGGAGCUGAUGAAGGCGCGUCCGGAUAGCAUAGGAUUGAAGGUGGGCGUGCGGCAGCGCGGCUGCAACGGACUGAGCUACACGCUGGAGUAUGCCACCGAGAAGGGCCGGUUGGACGAGGAGGUGGUCCAGGAGGGGGCGCGCGUCAUCAUCGACCGCAAGGCGCAGCUCACGCUGCUCGGUACCGAGAUGGACUACGUUGAAACGCGCCUCGCCUCAGAGUUCGUCUUCAACAACCCCAACAUCAAAGGCACCUGUGGCUGCGGCGAGAGCUUCUCGGUGUGAGUGCGGCAGUCGGAGGCAUUCGCUGUAUGGGAGACCUGCGUUUGCCAUACUGGAGAGGUCUCGCCGUUCUGCAUUCUGCGCCUCCUUUCCGCCUCGGCCAGUGUCGACACUGUGGCGACCUCGCUUAGCUCAGUAAUGUUCCUCUUUAGUUAAUUUUUUUUUUUUUCUGCUAGAUGUACCUGCCAGUUAUGACAGUACUAGAUAUGUGGUGCUACCCGAGUGUUUUCAGGAUUUGACAGUUUCGGAGAGUGCAAGAGUAAAAGCGAACUGCAGGAUCGAUACUGACUUUUUUUCACAACAGAAUCCUCAGGUAAAAUGUUCUCGGUUAACUCACUGAUAAAAUUCAGAUGACGUAAGACAUAUUUCAGCAGUCUGGGUGGGGGGGGGGGGGGGGGAGGGGGUCAAGAUUGACUCGAGUGAGAUCUCGGCUCCCAGCCUUGCGCUACGGCAGCUUCCGGUCGUGCACCUUGUGUCGUCGUGACAUUAGGGGGUGGGGAAUGCCGAAGUGUUGCCCUCUCCUGCCAGACGGUGAGUUUACACGCACACUGGCUGGUGUCACUCGCACACUCUGUACGCUGCCCCCUCACCUGGUAUUUCUCUCACUUGACAUUAAUGGGGAAGAUGCACAUCUGGCGGGUCAGCGAUGGUGCUCAUCUUUUGUGCCCUUGUGGUUUAUGUUUCGAUGUAACAGACACCACUUUGGUACAACACACUUCUCAUUUUUUUUGAGAAAUAGAGGUUCAGAGGCUUGUGAUCCUGCCACGUACCGUAUGAAAGUGCCGGUUGUCGAGCGGCGGUGUCAGGGUGACCGGUUGAGGUGGCAUACUAAAAGCCUGCUCGAUCCUACUGCAUCUGAAUUGUUCUCCAAACACUCUUGUUGGUACAAUGAAAGUUUGUUUAAAAAAUAUCAGUAUAAUAAUCGUGGUAAUACAUUCGAGCUUGUAUUGCAGGAAAGUUAUACCAGGCUAUACCUGCUUAGAAUAGUGUGAAAUUUAUUGAAAUAUGAAUAUCAUCAUCAUCAUCAUCAUCAUCAUCCAUUAUCGCACCUCAGUUACAGCUCACUGUGAAUGUGUGACAGUGAUCCAUCAUUAGUCAGUCAGUUUACUCACUGCCGAGUGUCGUGACCUUAUUUCUCGAGUACCUGAAUCUUUAAAAAGUUGUGUCCACUCAGAAAUCUUCAGCGCUUCCUAAUAUGUGGAGUGAUAGGCCAGUAAUCUUCUUCACUUUACCCAAUCAGUUUGUUCCUGCUCUUCCUCGUAGUCUUUGCCUUCAGUUUUGCUUCACGAAAUAUCCUAUCCGAAAUUAUCCCCUUCCGUUCUCAAAAUGUGCCCAAGAAAACUGUAUUAUCUUUGACUGAUGCAGAAAGCUAAACUUGUUAUGCUAAAUUAUUCUAGAAGAUAAGUGCCGGUUCUUCUUUCUGUCAGAGGUACACACAUCUUCCGCCAACACCCCAUCUCGAAGGCACCAAUUCUGCUCAUGUGACUAGCUUACACAGUCCAAGUCUCGCAGCUGUAUAAUGACACAGGCAGCGCCAGUGAUUCCACCGAGCAUAUCUUCUUUGUUUUGGAUGUUGCCUGGUUCUUCCAGAUUGUGGAGAGAUUGGCUGUCGAGACUUAACAAAGGACAUUUUGAUGUUUUAUUUCUUUAUCAUAGUUUCUUGUGUCAUUGAUAAGAAAUCACAGAUAUACAGUCAUUCAAUACCUCCAGAUUCUCCAAGAAAUGUGCAAGUUGGAUUUGAUCUGUAUUUAGAAAUUUAAAAAAAAAUGCUUUUCAAAACAACCACCAUCAUUAUUUCUUCUUCUUCUUCUUCUUCUUAUUAUUAUUAUUAUUAUUAUUAUUAUUAUUAUUAUUAUUAUUAUUAUUAUUAUUAUCUUCUGGCCAUCCAGGACCAUGUUAAGUCCUGUUAUAUUUGGCAGUGAACUUCAUUUUCUUUGAAGCGCAGAGUUUGAUUGAGUUUGCUUAUCUUCCUCAAUCCACAAGGAGGGCCUUUUCUUUUUGGUUGCUCGUCUUGGUAUAGCCUGUUUGUCACCAACUUCUUGUGGAAGAGGUCUCUAUCACAAGCAUCUUAAGAUUUGAUUUGUAGGAGUUGGAGGUCCUAGUAAUCUUUUCCUGGAACUCUGUGACCCUUUGUCAAAGUUGGUCAGUAUAUGAUCUGUUUCAAGGUUUUCCAACUGUUUCUGGGGAUCGAUUUGAAUCUAAUUAUUGACAUUUAAUGAUUUGGAGCCACAUUUAUGCCCUACUCAAACUUAGAUUUGUAAUCUCCUUACUUCAAAAAUUUCGAUCUUUCCUGCAGUUCGGACAGGAAAUGGCCAAAUUGUCUGGCUUCUGGGUAGUUACCAAAAGUGGGUGGGUUUGACCAGCAAGUUGUGAAUUUCACGUCUGGAGACCAGUAUGUAGGUGAGUUGUCUUGUGGACAGGAUAGCAUCUAAUCACUCUUCCAUACUUUCAUUCUCAAAUAUUCUGGGCAUCGGUAUCACCCUUAAGAAGCUUUGAAAUUUGCAACCGAUUAAGCAGGUCUUUUGUCAGAGUCGCAGCAUAUGUGAUUCUGACCAUUGUAGAUCCCUUGAGGAUCCUUUUUUGAGCUCUACUGCUUUCCAAGAAAUCUGAUAUAUUCAGGGGGAAAAAUAUCAAUAGACAGGAAGGCAGCAGAGUAGGUUUGAGUAGAGUAGUCUCUCACCUUAGCUGGUUAUGGUAACGUUGCUGCUAGACAGCUGACCCUCUCGUACGGUAUCUGACAGCUUCGUAACACGUACGUCAGUCCCAGAAAUGCUCAAAAUGCUUCAUACUAGAGUGGCAUUUGUUAUAUCUAAGUGUGUACUAAAAGUGGGUGAAAGAUCACUGAAGAAGUGUCUUGUGUGCACUUCCCUCAUAAGAGUGUAGAAUGAGUCACUGUUAAAGUUAUCACAGUCUGAUUUGAAUGCAUCACCUAAUUUUUAUCCACAUUUUACUCUGCAGGUUGACCAUCAAUGUUUUAUGCAAUCUGAAUUGUACUAUAGAAAUCUCUUCUGUUAUAAGUGAUAGUCCUGCAAUUUCCUGUUCUCGUGGUACGUGUAGCAGCUUUUAUGCUUCGAAGUUCGUACCUGCGAUCAGAUUGCUGUGCUGUUCACUGGUAUUGCUAUUGUCAGAUUGCAGUGGAUCUUGGAAGUUGUGGGAAUUUCCCAUAAAAAAUAUGGCAGCUGGAGGGUGCAGCUUUUGUAUUACUGGAGGCCUGGAAAAUGCUUGCAAAACCACGUACGUCCAGUAUUGUUGCUCUGCAAAAUAAUGGGCACUUCUGUAUGGAUGUGGUAUUGUAGCUCUGCUCAUUUGUGUUGUAGUGUUCAGAAUGCAGCCUUCUGCUUUGUACAGGGUCAAAAGUUUCCAUGUCUCUCCUGAUAGUCUUUCUCCUUUGUUAGCCAGAUCUUUGAACCGAGGCUGGUGCUUGUUUACACCAGGCCUUUCCCUACUACAAAUGUUUCAACAUUGUGCUGUUUGUAAAAUAGCUAUAAAAAUCAAUGUCUAAUGAAGCUGGAUUGUAAAGUGAUGACAGAUAAUUCAGAAUUGGCAAAUGUCUCCACAUAAAUUGUGUGGGAGCUAGCAUAGUUUGUAAUGGGAAUUAAUUUUUCUAAGUUUGUCUGGACAACGUGAGUACUUUACCAAUUUCAAAUAGAGGAUUCCACAGUUUCAAUAAAAUUAGGCCAUAAACUGUUAUAAUGUUGAUUACACUCGUUAUUUUCUUUGCUAUCCUAACGGUUGUUGACACAUUAUCUUAUAAAGAAAGUGUGUCAAGAUUCUCUGCAGCAGGUUCACAGGAGAAAGUUUCACACACCUCGUGUAGCCCAUAAUUAUUUCAUCUUGCCACCAUUCACUUAAUGCUGGUGAAAAGCUUUCUGUGUCAGCAACCACAAAGGACAGAGCAAAUGUCAGUAAGUUUUUUUUACUUCACAUGAUCUGUUUUUGCACCUCAUACUGUUGUCCUUUAAACUGAGCUGCCACAGAUGUACGAAUACAGAAAUCCAGCUAAACGUUACUUUUCCGUAUUGAUAAUUUUGAAGCUGAUAACAUGUUAUUAAAAAUAGGAAUGCAGUGGUCCAAAAUUAAUGAAAGGAAAUAGUAAAGAAAAGCAAACACUGUUCACUUCUAAAAGGCUUCUUGUAAGUGAUGCAACAUAGUUUCCUGUCUAAUGCUCUGUGAUUGUGACUCUAUUAUACAGUAUAUACUGUCCAUGUUCCAAAGAUUAGCUGUUUCAAUGCUCCCACUGUUAUCAUUCUUCAUUGACUUUACCUUUAGCAUAAAAUGUAGUACUUACUUUUGUAUCAGUUCCACAGUGUUUUCAAACUGUGAAUCAUUCCUGCAAGCCAAAUACCAGUAUAUAUUCUAAACUUGUACAUAGAUUGUGUACCUCUUGUGGACGAUGAAAACAAACUUUUUUCUGUGCAUAGCACAUCGUUAAACUGUACAUAUUGAUAUUUUUUUUUGUUUGUUUGUUUUUUUGUUAUUAAAAACCAAAAAUUUCGGUUGCAGAA